CAGGAAGAGUAUGUUUCUCUAUGCGGUGCUGCAUGCGCCUGACCCUGGACGCCGUGUGCCUGACCUCAUUCCCCCGUCCUUGUAGCGUCGUCUCCAUCAGCGGUAUCGUUACUGACCCGUUGAUACCUCUCCGCCGUGUCCCUGUUGCCGCUGGAAAGGCGAGACGUCCUGGCCAGCACCCGGUGAAAUGGCCAGGGAUUUGCACACUUUGCAAUUCGCGUUGGCGUGCGUCGCUCCAUCCGGUUGCAUCCAGGCCGUCACAAUCCAACUCGCCCAGUCGGAGCGCGACCGUCUCCGUUCCUCCACCGGUAGCACGGCCAACAGCUUGUGCUUCUUCGUGCUGGACCCGGACCGUCACCCGUCGAUCUCUGUCAUGGCCUCCCCACACUCGACACCCUACGCAGCGAUGGACUCGCUGGAAACUGGGGGCAAGCCCGAGCCGUCCUACCAGCACAUCUCCAACCCGUGCGUGCUCAGUUGGAACAACCUCAGCUACGGAGUGGCCACCCGCAAGACGGCCGACGAUCCUAAAGGCAAGAAGACCAUCCUGAACAACGUCAGCGGUCGAUGCGCACCCGGAGAACUCACGGCCAUCAUGGGCCCAUCCGGAUCAGGCAAAACCACGCUCGUUGAUCUACUGGCCGACCGCAUCAGCUCUGGAGAGGUAACAGGCGACAUCGAGCUCAACGGUGAGGCCCGCGUGGCCAAGACGUUCCGGGCCGUAACCAGUUACGUGGCUCAGGAGGACUCGCUGCUCGGUUCCUUCACGGUAUUAGAAACCAUGCGCAUGGCCGCCAAGCUCAGUCUCCCCAACAGCGUCACGUCCAAACAGAUCGAGACUCGCGUGGACGACGUGGUGGAGGCCAUGGGUCUGGCCACGUGCCGCCACACUCUGGUAGGCGACAUCUUCCGCAAGGGUCUAUCGGGUGGCCAAAAGCGCCGCCUCAGUAUCGCCAUCGAGCUGCUGUCGAACCCGAGCAUCCUGAUCCUGGACGAGCCCACGAGUGGCCUGGAUUCCAGCGCCACGCACAACGUCAUGAAGUUCAUUGUGAAGCUGUGCGCCGAGGGCAAAACCAUCGUGUGCACGAUCCACCAGCCGUCGUCGCUGGUGUACGACAUGUUCACGAACGUGGUGGUGCUGUCGGCCGGCCAGACCGUGUACUGCGGUCCCCGUCGUCUGAUGAUCCCGCACUUCGCGUUGGCUGGUCACGACUGCCCCACGUAUAUGAACCCGGCCGAGUACUUUAUCAGUCUGGUGAACACGGACUUCGAGGACCACGCGGACGUGCCCAAACUGGUGCAGUCGUACGCACAGAGCGAGAUCCGUAAGGAGCUGAGCAACCGCAUCGAGAGCGACCGCAAGACGCUGCAGCAUCUGCCGGAUAUCGAGCAGCCGUCGCCAUCGUCGCUGCGCCAAUCGCAUUGGGUGCCGGUGUGUUCGGUAUGUUCAUGCUAUGCGAGGGUUUCAUGGUUCCUCGAGACUCGAUCCCGGACUACUGGAUCUGGGGCUACUACCUGGCGUUCCACUCGUACUCGUUCGAGUCAUUUGUGUUCAAGCAAUUUGAGAACGAGACAUCGGACGCGGCUAAGGGGAUCCUGACGAAGUACGGCAUGGAGGACGUGGACGUCACGCGUGACAUGCUUCUGUUGAUCGUGUACAUUGUGGGGUUCCAGGCCAUUUUUGCAGCCAUCUUGUGGAAAUUCCACACAGGCCGCCGUUGAGCGAGAUAGUUUAGUCAGGCAGUAUGACUCGACGUUGUGGUGAUCCAUUGAACGUAAGAUAUGCUUUAUUAUUCUUGGCCUGGUGUAUUGAAGCUUGGUUCCCUUGAAUGGACGCAAGUGCGUACAUAAGAUUUUUUAUGUUGUACUCACCAUGUCAUCGUACAAUUUGAACAGAUGGCCCUGGACGACC